AUGGAUGACUUAUUUAGCGAUGGUCAGACUAGUGGCGAUAAAACUGAUGUUAUGAAGAAUAUCCGUGCAGCGGUUGAAGAAGGGAUCCUAGCACCCGCUGUUAUGGAUGAAGUGAUGAUUAAUGUAACGCCCGAGGAUACCAAAUCACAAAUUAUGAAAAAAGUUCGAAAAGCUAUAGAAAAAAGAUACGUAACACUCUGCGUUAUGGAGGAAGUCCUUGCUACUAUAAAACCAGAAGAUAAUAAAAAAGAAAUUGUACAAAAGCUUUGCAAAGCGGUAGCAAAAGGGCAACUACCCCAGUCUGUCAUGGAUGACAUCCGCGAAGAUGUAAGGCCAAGUGAUACAAAAGAAGAUGUAAUGAGAAAAGUAUGUAAAGCCAUUGAAAAGAAACUAGUACCACAACCAGUCAUAUGUAAGAUAUUGCACCCCAAUGAAGAAGGAUUUCCUAUCAUGUACAAAGUUCGCCAUGCUAUGAAGAAAAAGAAAUUGACACCGUCUGUCAUGGAUGACAUAGUCGCACACGUAGGGCAUGGUGAGAAAAAAACUGAAGUUAUGAAGAAAAUUCGCCAAGCGGUGGAAAAAGGUCACCUAUCGCCCUCUACUUUAGAAGUGAUUAGAGAUAUAGAUGAAGCAAAACAAGCCAAAGAUAUGAACAAUGUGCUUGAUAACUUAGAUAAAUGUAGAGACAAGCCUGCUAUUAUGAUACAUCUUCGCAGUGCGGUGAUCAGGGGCCAAAUGCCACAGACUGUAAUGAAUGACGUUAUUAAAAGUGUAUGCAGUAAAGACAGCAAAGAUAAAACAAUACAGAAGGUCCAAAUAGCUGUUAGAAAACGUCAGUUGCUACCAAAGGUAACAAAAGUAAUUAAAUCUAAAAAUUGUACUAACCAGAAUGAUGCAUUGAUUGGCUCGACGGUCAGUGACAUGAAAAUGAUAAAUGAAGCCGCUAAAGCACAUGAAAUUUCACCCUCCGUUAUGAAAAUAAUAAGAAAUGAAGACAAUGAAAUUUACUUCGAUACUAAAAAAGAAUCUCCAUUGAAGAAAAUUAUGAAAAAUGAUAAGAAAAUUAUCAUUUGCAAAGAUGAUAUAGCAUCGUACCUAAACGAUACCUCAAAUGAGGGUGAAGUAAUAAGAAGAGUUAGAACAGCAAUUAAACAAGGAGAAAUAUCACCAUCUGUCAUAAAAAUGUUAUUAAACAAAGACAACGCUGGUCUUAUAUUUUCUGACGACAUUCUUUGUGCUAUUUAUCCACAUGGAAAAAACAAAAGUUCGGUUAUGAGGUCUAAAAGUUUGAAAACGACAAAAGUAUCUGCAACAUCAAUAGUAAAGUGUAAGCACAGUCAAAGUGAACGUCGUACAGACUAUUCGUCUCGCAAGAGAAAAAUAAAAAAACGGUUUUCUCAAACUGCUCCUAAUACUGGUAAACCCAACAUCAUGUUUGAUGGCAUGCCAAAAUACACGACGCCUGGAAUCACUAUCCAAAAAAAAGGUAGAACAAAAAAGAAAUUAAACCCUAAAAACGACGGAUUUCAAAUAGCGACAAACACGAACGCAGAAUAUAGACCCACGAAACCAGAUACUAACCAUUUAAAUACAAACCCCGAUAAACAUAGGGUUACUAAACCCAGCGCUUCUAAAAGCGACGCCAUCACUUGUAAGCAUGAGAUGUUAAAACCUUGCAUAUGUGGCAGUGUAGUUUGCAAGAAGGAAAUAGAAAAAAUGAAGUUGUCACAAAUGAAACCAACAAAAAACGAAGCCAAAUCAAUAGAUUGUACAUGUGGAUGCAAGAUGUGUCAAGAAGAAUCCAAGAAAAUUCUUAAUGCUAUAGAAAAGGUAAAAAAAAUAAAUGUGCUAAAGAAAGAACUAGAAAUACUUGAAAAAGAUAAAGUAUGCAAAUCGCAAAAGAAAAUAAAGAAAAAAAUACCAGUCACCGAAAAAUGUCAAACAGACCAACUUAAAGCUAAACAGAAACGAGAACAAACGGUAACAAAAUUGGAAAAAAAAUGUGCUGAUAACGAAAGGUUACGUCAAAAAUUAACACAUGAAAUUAAUAAAAGCGCACUGAGGCAAGUAAACAAGUGCAACAAAUGCAAACGAUCUGGUUCUAAUGAAGACGACGCUGCCAAGAUUUGCACAAAUGCUAUAACAAAGAUAUUUAAAUACACAUAUAAUACAAUAAUGAAUCCAGACGAAUUCUGUGAAAUGAUGCAAGAUCCGUGUGAUACCCUGAAUACAUAUUUUAAUGAUAGAAAGGCUGGAAGAAAAAAGCGCAGAAAAAAGCGAAAGAAAAAAAUGAAGAAUAAGCGACACAGGACACCUCUAGAUUUUGAUUGCAAUCCCUAUGUACACAUGGAAUCCUUAUAUACAAAAGCUAAAACGCCACGAUUAUCUAGUUUUUUGUUUUUCCCCUGUAUAUUAUGUAGGAAUUGGAAAAGAAUUUACAAAACACUUCUUUAUAUAUCCGCCUUAAUUAUAUGGUUUCCAUGUUUAGCUUGCUUUGAAAUUUUCAGAUUUAUGUUUUAUUGUUAUUUUGGCACAAAGAUAAGUGGUAAUCGUUUCUAA